UUGAUAGUCCAGAAGGCAGCUAAAUUGGGAGCAGUUGCUAUUUUCAGCACCAAAGCUGUGAACAGCGUCAGGGAGAGCAUGGAAGGGAGUCCUAGCCGAGGCUGGGUUGUUGCAAGAGGCUGUCGACCAGCUCGAAAUAGGAGCGGAGAGAUGUAAUAGUUGUGACAUCCUCCUGGCAGCGAAGCCAUCGAGACCCGGCUUCCUGCAUCGCUGGACUUGGCGACCAGCCGAUCUCCCUGCUGAGUGCGUGGAUGCAGCGGUCGGGGGAAGAGGGCAAACAUGCGGCACGUGAAUCUUUCUCUCCAUAGGAAAAAGCAUAACAUCCUCCCGGGAGGCGGCUCCCCAAAGCAAGGCUUUCUACGCAAGCUCCGAUCAAAACCACUUGAGGCUCCAGAAGAUCCGUGCAGCCGGCUCCAAGAAUACCCUCCUCCUAGGGAGCCUAAGACCUCAAGGAUGCAUCAGCUCCGUCUAAGUUUCUCACGGUUGUGAUGUUCCGGUGGAGUUCACCCAUCACGGAGGACCUUCCAUGUUUCUGGGUCUUGUGGAUCGCCUUUCGUCUAAGCUUCCCUGAACCCGUUCCCCCCUCCCUCUGAGGUUUUCCUAAAGAUUAAAUGGAAAAAGAAAACUGUCUAAGGACGCAGAGCUUCUCUUGCGCUCUUCAUAGUGCGAUUCAAGUCCAGGCUUUCGGAGCAGCGAUCAACCAUCUUGUGGGCACCAUGUCUGUUCAGUGAAAUCCAAGGUCCCACCUGAGACACUACCAUGUUCAGCGACAAGAACAGCACUCCUUUGUCCCAGAAGCCAAGCAAGAAGAAAACAAGGCCACAGGGUCUCCCUUCCCCAGCUCUGUGCUGUGCCUGUGGACUGUGCAUCAUGCUCGCAGGCAUUAACAUCACCCUGGUGGGAGCCUUUGCUUUUGGGACAUUCUUGCCUGUCAACAACCCUCCCAUUGUCAUCGGUCCCAUCCUUUUGGUUGUGGCAUUCACCUUCUUUGGGGCGUGCUGCAUCUGCAGCCGGAGACCUCCUGCUCACGGUGCAAGGAAAUCCAAACCGGGGGCCAAUAUCGGGCUCAUCAAACCUGGGAGCACAGCUUUUGAAAUUGAAACCAGCGAGCACACAGUUCAAGACACCACGGCUGUGCAACUAAGCCCAACCAACUCCCCCAUGUCCUCCAAAAGGUCUACCCCUGUUCAUGAGAAUUCAAAGACCUGCAAACUUUUUACAAUGGAUAGCAAUGGGCCGGCGGCCAAAUACAUAGCAGGUGGAGAAUCCAUACAACUGAAUUUGCCCAGAGACAUGGGCAUGUCAUAAAGCCAAACUGGAGAAUAUUUAUGAGUAGCUGGGCAGCAGGCACUUCAGCAUGUGACCAGAUGGUUAGAUGAGCUCGCAGCACACCAAGCAUCUGGGAUCCAAUUUAGUGUUGGCCGACACGUGCAUCAGAAUAUGUUGAGAAAUUUAAGGGAAAGGCAUAAUAAAGUAGCAAUUACUUAGAAAUCAAUGCACAGCUGAAGUGGGAAGUGCCAGGCACUUGUGUGGAAGGACUGGAUUUUGAGCAAUGAAAUUAAAAUGAAAGAUGGCACAUACGAAUCAGCAGGGCACAGCUACUGAAAACAGCACAGCCUCUGGAUCUCAUUCAUUAUUUUAAUGGGUUUAUAAAUGAUAAUAUGGUGGUCAGAAUCUGAUGAUACAAGAACAGUGGGAAAUUUAUAGAUUCUGAUUAUUUUUUUAGAAGGAAUGUGGAUCGUAAUGAACAUUGAACAAGGAAAAGAAAAUUGGCACUCAGAUUUAAUGAGGUUGAUUUGUUUUCUUAUUCUGAGGUCAGUGCUUCUUGAGUGCAAUUUAAAAUCCAUCUGGCCUCUUGUUUUGCCCUGCCUUCACACUUUCCUCCUUUUCACUGCUUGCUGCAAAAGUCACUGGAAGUUCCACACACAAAUAUUGCCUUGAUUGACCUCCCUCCAUCCUCUGGUUUUCAGAUUCAUGUUUCGGUUGUGUCACUGGCAGCAGGCUCAGCUGCGUUGGGUUGGGUUUCAGAUGGUUCUACAGAGGAUGUGCAGGGUAGCAAUGGUCAGAGUUGCAAGGUUACAGAGCAAACAGGAGGAGAAAUCAUGGAAAGACUUUAUAUAACAGGAAGUGGGACAAAACAACAUUUUAUAACUAGCUUGCAACCAGCAGGCUAGUCUGAACAUCCACCCAUUUGGGAGGAAAAUGGCUUGACCAAGAUUUGACCUCUGAAACAUGGAUAUGUAUAAUAAGGAGACAUGUGCAGAAAUAUAUGGUGACAAACAUUAGUGCACAUAAUGGAAAUUUUGAUCUCUUUACAUCUUAAGAAGAGUCUUAGGUUUGGGGGAAAUAAUCACUCAAAGCCCUUCUUAUGCAACUACUCUAUGAUAUUGGUUGUGAAUGAGAGAAUGAACAUGUUCUCCUCUGCUUGUAUCAAAAUACCAGACAACACAGUGAUUUCAGGGUUAGAUGGUCCUUUCCUGAGGUCAUUAGAAUUGACGAUGCUUCAGAGAAAUAUGUUGUGUGUUGGUUGUCCAAUCAAUGGCCUCAAUCUAUCUCAGAAAGAUUCAUUUUUUUUAACUUGCAGAUAUUAUUUGUCCCCUAAAAGUAAAGUGGCCUAUUUAGCUGAGACUUCCACAUUUUGCUUGGGAGCAUCUUUUUACUGUAAUAAGAGAAGCGAUGCAGACUAGGCUAUAGUAGGGAUGCUCAUGACAUUUCCCCCAUCUGAAUUUCUCACCAAAUUUUGGUGUUCCAAACUUCUUGCAGUGAUGCCGAUGUGUUUGUGAUUCUUCCAGUCUUGAUUUCUGGCCUUUUUAAAAAGACUAUUGGGCAUGUACAAAUUGCUGGUUCCCCAACCCCUUGUUUUCACCUUCUUAUGUUUUGCCUUUGCAUGUCAUCAGUCCACACUGAACAUGUAUGCACAUUAAGGAAGAUAUCGGGCAACACACCAUUAUAACCUGGGAUCAUGCCGUUCUUCUGUGUGCGGUGACCAAAGGAAGGGGAAUGCAAUGUGAAGGGAAAGUCAGAGGGGAGUAAGAAUUGCUGGGAGACAAUGAUGGUGAAAGAGACAGAUGCAGGAGGAGCUGGCAAGGGGUGGGGUGGCACCACAGACCUGUAUUGGGAUGGAGCGGGGUUGGGGCAAGGCACCAGCGAGGCUGAGGCAGGUGCAUCAGAAAGAGCACUGGAUUGGCUCCACCAGUGCAUCUGUGUCACCUGACUUUGCUGCCACCCUACAUCACUCC